UACUUGAUUGUAUUACUACACUUUAAAAUUGGCAUUGUUUCCUAGAAUGUGACGAUUUUCUUAACCCAACUCACUCUCUCAUUUGAAUAUUUCUAUUUGCUUAGCAACACUUGCUAUAAGUAAUAAAUGCAGUAUCCAGAAUAGCUGACAAAAAGCACACACAUAACACACAUAAUAUAUGCACUCAGUGCUUGUCACCACACGUAAAAACCUUGCACUGGAAAAGACACAAGAGAUCUAAUUCGUUAUAUCAGGUGACAUCGAGUGACACAGUUCAUUAGAAGAAGUCUGCGUUGGAAGCUUUGCAAGGAACUCCUUGCUGUUUCCAAGGCAAAUUGUAUUUGUUAGGUUCAUGAUAAUUCGAAUCUUAUUGACCGGUACAAGGCUGGCUGGCCCGAGGCAAAGAUAUGCACUCAAGAAGGAUGUGUUAUGUUUCGCUUAAUGCAAGAAUUACAGAGGAAAAUGCGAGAAAUAGAAAGUGAUUAGAAGUUACCAGCUGGUGCUAUUUUCAUUGUUAUUAAAAGUCUUUAACCACUGGGAUAACAGACGGACUAGAAAACAGAAAUAAGGAGAUUUUAUACGUAGAUUUCUACGCGUAGACAGUGGUACUUGACUGCUGAAACAUUCGUUCCGCGAUUCUGGACUCGAAUCUGAACAAGAGACACUUAACUCGGCAAGAUGUCAUCGAAUACGUUGGUGUACAUAUGCGGAGAUUUCGCUUCGGAAAAAGCAGAUGACGAACAUCUAAAGGCGCUAGUUUUGAGUAGCGUAGCAACUCACUUCUGCACUCGGUCACAUCCGAACGUACGAUCGAUAGACUCACACUUCGAUAAAGCUGAGCUCUACCACACAAUAACUCGUUGCUAUGCAUUUAUUUUCAUCUUUAGUAAGGAAACAAUUGAUGAUACAUUUUAUCUGAAUCAGUACGGAAUCGCAAAGGCGUACGGAGUCCCUAUUAUAGGAGUACGGGAACCGAGUUAUUUUAUGCCGAACCCUUUACCGGAGCAGUUUUAUUUCACAGAAAUAGUGGACUACACGGGAGAAAAUAGGGAUGGGAAAAGCAACCGUAUUCUUCAUGGGCCCGUGAAAGCGCAUCCCUCGCUUGCAGAGGCUCUUUUGCAGGACUUUAAGAUGGCGAUGGUUUAUGCCGCCGAGUUUCAUCGCUCAUGUGCCCCAAGGCUUCUCCACAAAGUCAACCAGGCGUGCACGAGGAGCGAGAAUGAGAAACAGUUUUACGCGGAGCUAACACGCAGCCAGCAACAACACAAUGUAAGUGUAGCGCCUAUUGAAAUCGCCCCGAAAAACAACAGCCCAGCGACGGCGCAUAAGUGCCCGAAAUGCGGUCUAAACUUGAAUAAACAUCAGGCGAAACCCUCGCCACUCAUUCGCGCCUCCAGCACGGGUUCGCUUUUACGGAAAAGUGACGCCUUUGAUAUCGAUCAUUUCAAGCCGUAUAAGAAAACCGCGCUUCAACCAACCACUAUAAGCAUUCCGGCGCUGCAAUACGUGCGUGCGAAUACGGCGGAGAGGAGAACGCGGUCGCCGAUACAGACUGUAACAACGUGGGCCCCACAGAAAAAAACAACUCCACAUAAGCCGAUUGAACCAUUUCGCGGGAAAUUACAGACAAGACAUUCGCAUUUGUACGGCGAGAACGAAAAUAGGGACGAAGGAAAUAAGCCAUCACAAGAAAACCUAACGGAGAAAAUUCUCCUCGGGAAAGGAAAUGACAGCAAAGUCGCGGAAAUGCCCAGCAAAUCGCGGACAAUUCGGAAACAAUCACGGGUUUCUAAUACAUCGUGGAGUGAAAAAUUACGAUUGAAACUUCGCCGCCAGUCGAGUCUACCGGUAAUUCCCACGACUUAUCUCGUCACCUCACCGAGUGGCAAAGAAAAACAACUCUCCUUUGUAAAAUAUCCGCCUGAGAAAAGCGGGAAUACACCGAGGAAUAGUCUUUUGCCCGUGUUUUCCGAAGACGAAGAGCAAGAAACAAUACACAUUUCACGAGCUCCGAGCCCUGAUACAUCUAGCUGCACAGCAGAAAAAGACAAAGAUCUUGAUAUUGGUCUUGCAGUGGGUAAUAUAAGUAUAACAUGAACAAUAGCCGAGGUCAAUAAUGCACCCUUCAACUCCAUGUCUGUAGACACCUGUUUACACCUCUUUCAUUUACAUUUGUAAUGCAGAAAUGAUAUUCAGCAGCGGAGUAGCCACGAUUUUUAACAGGAGGGGGCCUAAAAGGGACUUUCGCAGCAUUUUCUUCUGUAUUUUAGAUAAAGUCUCAUACAUUUACUGUAUUUUUGGCUGCUAAAGGGGGGGGACCCUAGGCCACCCCCCUGGCUACACCCCUGUUCUGUUAGUGAAUCAGUUUAUCUCAUGUCUACGAGAAGCCCAGGACCUAUUUAAAGACCUACGGGAUAGCACUUCAAGUAAUUUUAUACCCCAAGGGAAAGGACAAGCAUAAUAUGUGCCUUUUUCUAGGGGAAGUCCCUCAGCCAUUCCCAGUUCCUUGAGUACAGCCUAAGAACUGUGCAACCAGAAUUUCUAGGUGUUGUUUUCACAUCAUGGUUGGAAAUGUUGUCUAAAUUUUGCGGACAUAUCCUUUGACUUAUGGUCAACUUAGCAUUCCCAGCAAUGUGGGCUAAUGUUGCUGAUGUUUGUAUAAGAGACUUUAUGCUGAAAAUGCCAUCCAUUUUGAUGGCGCCAGCUUGACAAAUAAUGAUUUGUCUAUGCUUUCAACAAUGCUAAUCCAUAACUGCUAGCUAGGGUAGAAGACCUGGUUUUGCUUAUCCGGUAAACUAACCCUAGCUCAAAAUUUUACUGCUCUAUGACAUUGUAAUAACAAGUAAAACGAGAUUUGAAAUAAUUUUAUGAGUACCAAUAUUGGUAUAAAACCUAAUGUACAUAAGCUACACUAUGCUAAAAAAAAAAACAGUUUAUGAGUACCAAUAUUGGUAUAAAACCUAAUGUACAUAAGCUACACUAUGCUAAAAAAAAAAAAACAGUGUAAACUUUCUGCACCUGUAAUCUCCCUGGUAUGUGCUGUAUUCACUAGAAUGCUUUACCUUUGCUUGUGCUAGCAGCACAUGUGAUCAAGAUGUACAAAUGAACUGUAUAUAAUAAAGGUAUGUGCCCUUAUAAGCCCAAAA